AUGAAACGGAAACUGUCAUUCAGAGACGAUAUCAACGGACAGGAAGCGUCGAAAGCGACCUGCCCCGAGUCUGAUGGAGCCACGCAAAAACCAACAUGGGCUUGGCCCAGCCAACGAAGAUAUGGUCGAGAUGCGGCGAUUGUAUUCAUUGGGCCCAGGGCCACGGGAACAUCAAGCCUAGCAGUCAUUGCUGCCUCUAUUCAAGGCUGGAGAGUGAUUGACUGCGACUCACAUUUCCAAGAAGCUACAGGCUCGACAAAACAAGAAUACCGCAGCGCCCAUGGGGUGGAGCAGUAUCGGCGGCAAAAGCUGCAAGUUGUCCAAGAAGUGUUGGAGACCAACACGAAGAACUGCGUUUUUGCUUGUGGUCCCAUCAUCGCCAGGGAAAGAACAGAUUUUCUUAUGAAAUAUGCGAUACAUCAUCCUGUCGUCUAUGUCACACGAGAACGGGAAUUGAUUCAAAAUUAUCUUGGUCUCAUCGACGAUGGGGGGUGGCAGAGGGCUUUGGAUUAUAUGCAUUUAUUCUUUCGCCAGCGUAGCAACUUCGAAUUUUUCAACCUGAAUGAAGCCCAGGAGCCGCUGUGGCAGACAACACUGGCGCAGUUUCUCGAAAAAAGGUCUCAGGAGCCAGCAGCCUACCCUCAGAUUUUGCGUAAGACUCGAGCGCAUGUUUCGUUGUUGCUUCAAAACGUGUACGGUCCGCUGUCAGCAAUAAAUUACCAGGGCAACUCCCGAGUCUUCUCUCCUUCUGAUCUCGAGUGGCGUCGGGGUUCUCACGUGCUUUGUAUUGAUCUCGCUGACAUGAAGAGCCGUCCCGGAUUUAUCUACACUCUCGAUACAGGAUACGAUGCGGUCCAACUAAGGAUCUCCAACCACCGAGGCGAAUGGCAGUCGCUGUUGCCACAGGAUACACUGGCAUGGGCUGUCGCCACACUUCGUCGUCACUUCGAAGUACCGGUCAUUGUUGAUGUGAACUGCGUGGGCAGCUCCAAGGACAGCGCGUCGAGAUCAAACUUGAAAGCAUACCUGAACCUUUUGCAGCUGGUUCUCCGACUGGCCCCGGAAUAUAUCACCAUUGAUCUUCGAACACAAGACGACGCAUUCAAGGAAAUUGUCAAAGCUAGAGGCUUCACCAAAAUCAUCGGCUGUCAUUACGUGGACCAGUCCCUGGAAGACAUGUGGAACGACGAAACCAUGAUAUCAAUGUACCAUCGAGCACGAGAGCUCGGUUGUGAUGUGGUCAGUAUUUCAUGCUGCUGUCAGUCUCUCAACGACAACAUUCGCUGUCGUCAGGUUUCAAAGAUGAUUGAAGAUCUCGGAUUACCAACGCCAGUAAUCGCCUUCAAUACUGGAAGCCUCGGUCGUCUUUCGCAGGUCCUCAACGAUCGUAUGACUCCUGUCAUUGCAGGGCAUCAAGAUGAGGAUUCAAACCGGGGAUUGAACGCGGUCUAUAGCCUGGCCACUUCCCGCCAGUUAAGGGUAGCCUGGCACAUGCUUGUUUCCGACAGCAGGACAAAGUACUAUGUUUUCGGAGCAGAAGUCAAGCAGAGUCUCUCCCCAGCGAUGCACAACGCUGGCUUCUCCUGCCAAGGCCUACCUUACACAUACGAAGCCUGUGAAUCUGCGACCUUUGAUCUCCUCGACAAGAUUUCUGCCGAGGAUUCUUUCGGAGGCGCCAGUAUCAGCCUUCCAUUCAAGUCCGAAGUACUGAGAUUGGCUACGACACACAGCGCUGCAGUGAAGCUCAUUGGUGCUGCAAACACGUUGCUUCCCGACCGAAAGUUCUGCGCGAGGAGAAACAGUCAUCAAACCACGCUGAAGACUCUUAGUGGGAAAUCCCAGCUUAUCGCUGAAAACACAGACUGGAUGGGUAUAUACGUCUGCAUAGCUAAACACUGUACGCCCGCAAACCACAUCACCAAGCACACCUCAGCACUUGUAAUUGGAGCUGGCGGUAUGGCCCGUGCUGCAAUAUAUGCACUGGUGAGGCUUGGAGUCGGAAACAUCUUCAUCUUGAACAGGACAACCGCGAAUGCGUGGAAGAUGAAAGAGCAUUUUGAGAGCAUUGGUGACGGGUUGGAAAGAUCGGACCGACAGUCGAGCCCGACUGUCCCUUCAUUUCAUGUGCUCGAGUCCCAUGUCCAGCCCUGGCCUGAUGGCAUCAGCUUACCUAGUGUCGUCGUCGUCGCUACACCUGUAAGAGACGGCGAAAGUACGAAAGAGUACCCUCCUGAGCUGCGCCACAACUGGUUUGGUAAUGCAACUGGAGGUCUGAUCGCAGAUCUUUCGUGGAAACGACGAGCAACAGCCCUUGGCGAGCAACUGCGAGAAGCGAAACCUCAAGGCUGGGUCAGGAUCGACUCGAUUGAGAUCCUCUACGAGCAAGGUGUUGCCCAGUUCGAGCUGUUCACAAAUUGCAAGGCGCCAAGGCAAGCAAUGCUGGACGCUUUCUUGAACCAGUAUAACUCCACUUUUGGAGUAUGGUCAGGGAGUUCGGGCGAAGAGACAAUUAAUGUCACCGUGUAA